CGUGUUUUCACUGAGAUAAGUAAACCUAGUAUCCUAGGUCUGGGAUAGUAUUCUACUGACCUUACAAACGAGACCAGGCUUCAUAUUCUUAGCGGUGAAAUCAUCAGCAUGGCCCGUUAUCUGAUCUUAGCCGCAGUGCUCAUUGCAAAUGCUUUAGCCGACGAUGGUUAUGCUGCUCCCAGCAGCCAGGGAUAUGCAGCUCCCAGCAGCCAAGGCUAUGCUGCCCCUAGCGACGGGUAUGGAGCACCCAACGACGGUUAUGGAGCACCCACAGCUCCUGCGGAUGGCUAUGGAGCCCCCUCUGACGGUUAUGGAGCUGCAUCUUACAAUGAGCCCACCGGAUAUGCUUCUGGUUCAGCGGUUGCUGCUCCCGCUAAUGAUUUCUUAAGCAUUGAGAAAUGGGUCUACCUGGUCCCCUUCUUCCUUGCCGUCCUUGCCGCCAUCAUCAUCGCCCAGAUCAUCACCCCCGCCAUCGCUGCCCUCAUCGGGGCCAAAAUUGAUCUUGCCAAUCAAGCAGUUGGAGCCAUUGGUGGUGCUGUUGGUGGUGCUGCUGCUGGUGUUGGUGGUGUUGGUGGUGCUGGAGCUCUUCCUAAUCUUGGUCUUGUCCCUCUGGAUCUCCUGAACGCUGUGUUGACCCCCUUCAACCUGGCUAUCUGCACCACCAACCCCCUUGCCCUUGCCGGAACUCCAGCCACCGGACGAGGAUUCAACUUGGACCCUGAAUCUGUCAAGUUUGCAGCAUCCAUGCUCUACAAUGCGUAUGAAAAAUACAGUGAGCUGGAAUAAAGAUGAAACCCCCGACCCAGGACACAAACAUGAAAAUUUCAAGAAUACAUCGGCAUUUUUUUUAUCCGCCAAAGCCAGACCUAAUACGAUCUAUUAGCAACAAAUCAGAUAAUGGCGCAAUCACACGAUUGUAAAUUAUCCUUCAAGAGGCGCAUCCCGGCCCGGCGUGUCGGUGUGGGCGGGUUAGUACAACUGGGUGGGCGGGUGAGUACAACUGUGUGGGCGGGCCAGUACAACUGGGUUUGUCCAUAUUUGGGUUUGAAGAAUAAGCCUCAGGGCUGUGAUUCAAAUCCUUCUGACCCACUUUCCCGUGUAGUCGACCUAACCCCCUCUCCACACCGGUCCAACCUUGACGCAGCACACCGGGCCAAAAAAGGGGCGAUGUCUUGACGUAGCUCGCACAGAACCAUAGUUAAUGGUUCCAGAUUUGCGACCUGCAUAUCAAACCAAGACCUUUCCCCCAUCCGACUUAAAUCUAACGAGGCAGAAAUUGCUCUUCGACUUUAUUAUACAUACGUUAACCCAUACUGGGGCAAAAUAUCGUCGACAAGGUAUUAUUGCGACGGUAUUAGACUUGAUAAGCUAGACCAAACAAGAGACCGCAUAAGGACUCAGGACAAGACGGGACAAAGUACCUGAAACCUGUAGAACAUAAAUACUUAUAGUUGUUAGUCAUUCAAUCCUAAUUUAUUGAAUAUUUAUAAUUACAUUGCUCUCUUUAUAAUGUUUUAAUAAAAAUGUUUAAAGAUGUUA